GAAAGCAUCGUUGGUGGGAGAUGGAUAUAAGCCCAUCGGUUGAGAAUAAUGCUAUCAGUGACUUCGUGCUCUCUCGCAUAAAAUAACCUAAGAUUAUUACUUUUUGUUUUUUUGUGAAGGAAACAUCAUGUUCAAGAUUUUGUACCUGCUCUGUGCCAUCUUCGCGUGGUGCGAAGGGAUUCUCGUGAGUGGUUACAACGGAGCCGAUCACACAGUUUCUUACGCUGAUUACGAAGGCCUCAACGCGGGAUAUGCGGGAUCUUCGGAUUACGAGGGACACGCCGUUCUGCCAACGAUCGCAGUUCCGGUGCACGCAGUCUCGGCCGCACCGUUACACGCCGAUUCAUCCUUCGAUCAUACUUUCCAUUCCUACAAGCAGCAUCACGCCGACAAGGACCAUGAUUAUUACUCGCACCCUAAAUACACCUUCAACUAUGGUGUACACGAUCCACACACCGGCGACGUCAAGACGCAACACGAGGUCCGUGACGGUGAUGUAGUUCACGGUUCUUAUAGCGUGAACGAGCCUGAUGGAAGCGUAAGAAUCGUUGAAUAUACCGCAGAUGAUCACAAUGGAUUCAACGCGAUAGUGAAGAAGGUUGGACCAGCGAUUCAUCCAAAACCUGUACCAAUCGCCAAAUACGUUUCUUCGCCAGCUUAUUACAAUCACUAUGACUAGGAAAACCGAUUAUUUUUAGACGAUUAAUUAAGAGAAUGUUUAUUUAAUUUUAAUCAGUCCGCAACGUCCUGAAAAACAUUAUUAUCUUCUAUCUCUUUCUUUCUCUCUUUCUCUCUCUUUCUCUCUCUCUUUCUCUUUCUAUUUCUCUUUCCCUUCUUUAUGUACCUCAAUUCGCGCCAAAUAUUUAAACGGGCGUCCGCCAUAUUGACUACUCGAGUAGAGUUCUCCUCGUGUAAAGUUGUAACGUACGAGCGUUUAACUAACCGUCCAUCGGAAAGAUCAUAAAGAUCUUUCGAAACGUACUUUUCUUACCUCGAAUAAAUAUUUAAUAAUAUUUAUAUAGAAAUACAAAAUCAUCUUUAUUAUCAUUUUCUACUCACCGAAUAUGAAAAAAGAAAUUAUUUUAAAUUAGUACGACUAUUAUUCGAUAUCUCGAUCAAAAAUUUUUAAAUGUUAUCUAAUUAUUUUCCUUUGAAAAUGAUUUUACAUCAUUUUUUUCUUUAUAUAAACUUAAUAACUCCGAUAAUCGACGAUUGAAAUAAUAUAUCUAAAUAGAUUUAAAAUGUUAACAUGAAAGUAUUUUAACUCCUAAUGGAUGUAUGAAAAUAUAUCUCACAGAAAUAAGUAAUGAUAUUCGAUGAGAUUAGUAUAAUGAUAAGAAAGAAAGAAAAAAAGAAAAAAAAAUAAUAAAAACAAAAAAUUACGAAGAUACGAUUUUUCCAAUUGGAUUCUAAAAAGCGUUAGGUCAUUAACUUCUUCUCCGAGAAUACUCGUUUAUUUUUUGCUCUCGUGUACAUUUGUAUCGUAUUUCAACAGAUCGAUAGAAUUGACAAAGUCUUCAACACAUAAAAGUACCUUAUUUCGAGAUAGAAAAGUCAUCUCUUUCCUUACGAAAGAAUUCCCUUCAGAGAAGAGAUUUUGAUUUCGUUAUUCAAGUGGAAUAAAGCUGAAAUCGAAGAGAUCCGACGCCGUAGGAACUUUGAACAAAUCUAGCGUGAAACCGAAGAAAGUUUGCAUCAUAGAUAAGAAGAUGAGAAGGUAUAUACAUAUACAGAGACACAUGGUAUAUAGAUAUAAGUUUAUAAAAGCUGAAACAAGAUUUCUAAAUAGAGAAACAACCUUGAAUAAAAUUUACUACGAUAAAUGUUAAAAAAAAAAAAAAAAAAAAAAAAAAAGAAAAAAAUAUCUAAUCUCCGAAAGCCGUUAAAUUAAUAGCUGAAUGACGUAAUGUAAAUACAAUUGCAU